ACAACAACAACAACAAAAACAAUACAGUGACUACAAAUAGUAAAUAACUGUCAUGGAUCUCGGUGACAGAGUUUACGCCGCCGAGCGGAUCACGAAGAAGAGGGAAAAGCGGGGGAAAGUGGAGUAUUUUGUUAAAUGGAAAGGGUGGAGUAAAAAAUAUAACACAUGGGAACCCGAAGAGAAUAUUUUAGACGUCAGGUUAAUCGAAUUGUACGAGGAAAGUUUACGAGGAGAUGUUUCUUCGAGAAGGCCAAGACGAAGGGAUACAAGAUACAACGAGCAAGUAUUAGCGAAUCUCGUGGUCGUCGAAGAACCUGGUGGAGACGAAAGAGUAGGAGAAGAUAGUCAAGACGAAUCAACGACGGGUAGCACAUCCGCGCCACAUUUGAAUCAUGUUGCUCCCGACGAAGACACAUUACCAAGUUCGUUAGACGGACAAGAAUCUCCUACACCACCUGAAUUAUUGGCAUCGACGUUUAGCGUAGAUUCGGACAGUUCAAAUAGUAGCGUUGAUAUACCGUUACUACCAAGGAGAGAACCAGCUGGUACUAAAAGAAAAGCUGAAGUUCUAAGUAAAGAAUCUGGAAAAAUUGGUGUUACGAUUACCACCAGCAGCCCAAGCAGUGGGAGUAGUGGUAGUCCACCACCUAACAAAAUACCACGUUUAUUGCCGUUAAAGGGCAAUUCACCGUCGUCUUAUCAUGGGCACAAGGUGAACGGUAGAAGGCCAUCAUCCUCUAGCGUGAAAUCCACGCCCGAAGAACCAUUACCAGCGGUACCAACGACGUUGGCACCACCAGUGCAAGACAAGGAACGACCGGAAGCCGAUGUACCUCACGGUCCAUUACCUUCUCUACCACGUACACCGUCAGCUGCUUCUCUGUCUCCACAAGUUGACACACCUCUGGAUCAACCAGUGAAAAAAAGGCAUUUAACUGAACAAAAAACAGAAAAGACUAGCAACAACUCAACAACGACGACGACGACGACGACGACAACGACGACAACGACGACGGUUGAUGCUAAUGGUCACAAAUCACCGAGUCCUACGGAUUCUUACACAAAUAACAAUAGGUUAACUGCGAUAGUCAAUGGUCAUCAUAGCCAUGAUAGUAAUGUUAGUAAUAACAACAAUAAUAAUAAUAAUAAUAAUAAUAAUAACAAUAAUAAUAAUAAUAAUAAUACCAAUAACAACAAUAAUAAUAACGCAACAAAUAUCAAACAAACUGAAAUAGUGAGGCCGGAAAUGUACGUUCCUUUAUCAAAUCCCGGUACGGAAUAUUGGCACGCGAGAAAUCCAGUUGCCGAUCAAGUAUUCAUAACAGAUGUCACCGUAAAUCUUAAAACGGUUACCAUUAGAGAAUGUAAAACGGAAAAAGGAUUUUUUCGUGAAAGAGAUCCCAAAAGCGACAUUUAUUAACCCAUUUUAUGAAAAUGAACAAAAGUAG